UGUUAUUUUUUAUCUCGAUAAUAAUAUUUGGUUACAUAUUGUUUACAUAAAUUUUUCUAAGUGUUCAUAGUCACCUAAACAAAAUAGUAGUAUCUCUUAUUUUUUCGUUUGAAUCUAAAAAGUGAGAUGUCUCCGAGAAAUCGUAAGCAUGAGGCGGCUUCCAAAAAAAAAAAUAGACCUCGGAUUAACAAUAGUUUAAGCAUGAUAUCUUAUAGAACUCUGCAAAGACGCUCCAACCUUAAUGACGAUAAUAAAGUAGAUAUUUUAUUGGAGUGUGUGAAAAGUUUAGAAAGGAAUGCAACAGUCGAUAAUGCAAUAGAUCAAGUAGAUGAGAAUAAUUUAUGCCAUGACUUGUCAGCUGACUCGUUAAGUGGUUCAUUUGAAACUUUGUCAGAUGAUUUUCCAAUAUUGAAUGAUAACGAUGAUGUGGAGCUAGAGCAUAGUGCAUGUUAUUGUGAGAAUAUUAUGGAUGAGGAUAUGACAGAUGAUGACGAAGAAAAUAAUUUUCCUGUCAAUAACUUUGACGAAUUGUAUAGCGGCUGUAUACUUUAUUGGAAGUGAUUGUUGAUUUGAUGGAUAUAUAUACUCGGCAAAAUAUCACAAAAGAAGCCCUAAGAAGUAUUUUAACUUUAAUGCAUAAAAUUAUUCCAAAACCAAAUUGCUUACCUGAGUCACUUUAUCAAUUAUUCCAAUUCGUCGGAAAGAAAGCACCCACAGCGUCUGUCAAAAAACAUCGAUUUUGCAAAA